AUGAACAGCUCCUUAGAAUACUUAGCAUAUCCUGCAAUUGUUGCUAAUCACAGACAAAGCACAACCUUUAAGAAGAAGCUGGAUGUUGGACACCACGUGUCUCACAAGAACAGAGUGGAAGUAGCUAAGCCUACAGUUGAUAACAAACCUCCACUGGCACAUACACACCAUAUCUUAAAACUAAGUAAAUUACAGGGUGAACAAAAAAGAAUUAAUAAAAUCGAAUAUGAAAACAAGCAACUGUGUCAAAAAAUUGCUGAUGCCCAGCGUGGUCCCUCCAAGGUGGAUUGCUGGAACGAAUAUUUUUCUAAGAGCUUAAACAGAGAAACUCGCAACAGAGAAUUAGUGAGAAUUACUGUAGAGAAUCAAGGAAUCCUUCGGAGACUUGGAGACCGUAAACCUCACUAUGACCGAAGGGCAUCAGAGAUAGACUGGCAGAAUUCCAGACGGUAUAUAAGAAAUACCACAAGAUAUCUUCUCUACAAAAAGGACUAG